AUCAAUGACACGUGACGUGCUGAUGUGUGAAUGGAGAUUUCGAGAGAAAAUGGAAGAUAAAGUGAUAAUAGACUACAACGCACGGAUAGUAAUUCUGGUUAUCAAAUAUAAUUAUUUUCAUGACGCAAUUAUUUUAGGGGUGGAUUAAAUAUUAGGAGAGCGCUCAGCUGACGGAAUGCCAUUGUUGGAUUUGAAUGAACGAAAAAGCAGCGCAGACUAUGUACAGUAGAUAUUGCUUGUUCAGCUCCCGCGGGCGAUAGCACACAGAGGUCGGUCUGUGAAUCGUUCUCCACGAGGUUAGGCUACACAGAAUCAAUUGUCCGUGUGAAGGCAGUAGGCUACGUUUCCUUUCUCUACAUCUCUUCCUCCCCCUCCUUUUUCUCCCCCUUCAUUCCACUGUCCCUCUCUCCCUCACUCUGACUCGCAGUUUAAAUGCCACUCUGCUUCAAAACAUGCCCUGACACGCCGAGAAAUGGGAGGGGAUAAAAAAAGAGGACAAGAAAAACCGGAGAGCAGCUGAGCAAGAGAAAGAGGAAGAAGGCGUGUGAAAGAGGAGGGAAUUCUAUCAUAGCCAACCGAACCGAGAGAGAGAGAGAGAGAGAGACAUAAGGCAAGAAACUUUGAGACAAAUAGAAGAGGAGUAAGAAGAGAAAGAAGGACUUUCAGCAAGAGGCAGCAGACAUUUGAAAGAUACAGAGAAGAGGAGCGGUGUUGACGACAGAGUCGCUAAUGUAACCAAGUAGCGGCGGAGACCGUUCUGUUCAUGGACCUUUUUUCUUUGUUCGGUGAUUCUGACCUAAGGAUGAUGCUGAAGUAGCAGUCACACUGACUUCUGGAGACGCCUCUGGAGAGAUAACGGCUCCUACUACACUCCCCCGAGUGUUUGAACAACGGAUCCAACUUUGCUCCCCACCGAAGGGAAGGAUUAAUUGUCUGGAAUGGCAUCACAGAGAGCUAUCGACUCAUAGCGUCCGACGCAGCACUUUCAGUGUUUGACACUUGUGGAAAACGCCUCUGCUCACUGCCAGCGUUGUCAGAGGUGUGACCCGUGCAGUCAAACCAAACACGAAACUGUAACAGGCCCUGGGAGAGUGGGGGCAGAGUAUGGGGCGUGGUGGCCGAGGUGGAGUGACUCCUGUUUGGUUCCCAGGGGCCAGAUGAGCGGGAGCAGCCAAAGUCCCAGCCUGCUCCGGGGCCGCCGCUUCUACUGCCGGGAAUGGGCCCUGGACAAGCUCCGGCGCUGCUUGGAGGCCAGAUCCGCACCUGGCCGCCCCCCAGGGGUGCUGGUGACUGGGGGCCCCGGGGCCGGGAAGACGGCCCUGUGCACGGAGGCGGUGUGGCCCACGUCGGACGCCGGGCUGGCGGCCGGGCUGGCGCCUCGCUGCCUGGCGUUUCACUUCUGCCAGCGGGAGGACGGGAGGAGCGCGGUGCUGUGGCGGUUCGUCCUGGGCCUGGUUGAUCAGCUGAAGGCCAGCCCCCUCCUGCCCUCGGGGUACAGGGACACGCUGGCCUCCCCCUCUGUGGCUCCGACGCUGGAUCCUCGGCACUGCCAGAGGGACCCGGUUAACACCUUCAAAAGGGCAGUGUUGUUGCCCUUGCUGGACCUCCAACCCCCUGCACAUCCUCUGUUUCUCCUUGUGGACUCCUUGGACUCAGAGGGCCUGGGUGCCGGCGAGGAGCCCAGCUGUGCCAGGGCCCCAGACGGCAGCAGCUCCAUCUCUGAACUCCUGUCCAGCCACCAGCACCUCCUUCCUGGCUGGCUGCUGCUGGUCUGCUCCGUACGCAGACAGAACCAGGCUCUGUGCAAGAUGUUCUCAGGGUUCCGCAAGCUGUGUCUGGAUGACCUGCGGAAGCCUGCCCCGGUGCGUGACGUGCAGCAGUACAUCCUGCAGAGGCUGGACCAGGAGGGGGCGCUGCGUCGCCAGCUGACCCCCGAGACGGCCGACAUGCUCAACCUGCUGCACAUAAAGAGUGGCGGCUGCUUCCUCUUCCUGGAACGCGUUCUGGACGGCGUGGCGGGGGCCCUCGUGGGGCUCCGGGAGAUCCGGGACAUCCCCGGUACCCUGAACGGCCUCUACCUCUGGCUGUGUCAGAGACUGUUCCCCAGGGGCCUCUUCCUCCAGGUCAGGCCCAUCCUCAACACCCUCCUGGCCUCCCCCAAACCCCUUACCGCCCAGGAGAUCUACACCGCAGUCUGGACCCAGAACUUGUCCCUCAGCUACCCAGUCUUCCAGGACAAGCUGCAGGCUCUGUCCACCCUGCUCGCAGAUGGCCCGGGAGGCAGUAGGCUCCUGUUCCACGCCAGCUUUGCAGAGUGGUUAACGGACGUGAAGUACUGCACUCAGAAGUACCUGUGUAGCACAGCUGAGGGUCACAUUAUGCUGGCCAUGGCUCUCACCCUGCGCGGCCCGCAUCUCAACACCGAGGACACCUGUCAGGUGGCCUCUCACCUGGUCAGCUCCGGCGUGCACAAGGACAACCCCGCCCUUCUGUCCCUGUGGUUGAUGUGGGCUAACGUUCCCCCUCUGGCCCCUGCCCCCGACACCGCCUCUCAUCCCCCCGUCCUCGUCAGGCCGGAGGUGCUCCAGCUGCUGAUGAAGAGCGGGGUGUUCCCUCCCUCGCUCACCCCAGACAGAGGCUCCGGAGUGGGGGUACACUGUGCGGGUGGAGGGGGGACGUUGCUCCGACGAGCCCUGGAGAGGAAGGAAUCGCUGACUGUGCUACUGGACAGCGGGGUCAGCGUGAACCGGACCGACCCCAAAGACGGACGCACCCUCCUGGCCAGUGCCGCCCACGCCGGUUCCGACGAGGUGGUCCAGCUACUUCUGUCCCGGGGCGCUGACCCCCUGAUCAGCGACCACCAGGGCCAGACCUCUCUGACGCUGGCAGCCAGGCAGGGCCACGUGGGGGUGCUGGGGGUCCUGCUGACCUGGGCCAGGGGCCAGGGGCCGGCGGUCUCCGCGGAGAUGUUGGAGCACGCCGACAGCGAGGGCUGGACGGCCUUGCGCUCCGCAGCCUGGGGCGGCCACACCGAGGCCGUCCACAUGCUGCUGGAGACGGGCGCAGAGGUGGACCAGUCGGACGCCGAGGGCCGGACGGCGCUGAGAGCGGCGGCCUGGGGAGGCCACGAAGAGAUCCUCCUGACGCUGCUGGACCACGGGGGGCAGGUGGACAAGGCUGACCGGGAGGGGCGCACGCCGCUGAUCGCCGCCGCCUACAUGGGUCACCGGGAGGCGGUGGAGAUCCUGCUGGAUCGCGGGGCGGAGGUCGACCUGGCCGACGGGGACGGACGCACCGCCCUGUCGGUGGCCGCCCUCUGUGUGCCCACGGUGGCCGGAGUCAAAGGUUACGGUGACGUGGCCAGCCUGCUGUUGGAGCGUGGGGCGAACCCCGGGCAUAGGGACAAGGACGGAAUGACCCCUCUGCUGCUGGCGGCGUCCGAAGGUCACGAGGAGGUGGUGGAGCUGCUGCUGGAGGCCGGCGCCGACGUGGACGAGAGCGCUGGGCCGCGGGCCACUGCCACAGCCGCUGUCACACCGCUGCUGGCGGCCGCCGCCAUGGGCCACGCCGGCACGGUGGGCAGGCUGCUGUUCUGGGGCGCGGCAGUGGACGGCAUCGACGCGGAGGGUCGCACGGCCCUAAGCUUGGCCGCGGCGCGAGGAAGCGUGGCGGUGGUCCGAGCCCUCCUGGACCGGGGCCUGGACGAGAACCACAAAGACGACCUGGGUUGGACCCCGCUGCACGCCGCCGCCUGCGAAGGCCACCGGGUCAUCUGUGCCGCCCUGACGGAGUGCGGAAGCAUGGCGAGGGUCGCGGAGAUGGACGUGGAGGGUCGGACACCACUCAUCCUGGCUGCCCAGGAGGGCCACUGUGGCACGGUGAGGCUCCUACUGGACCGCCGCUCGCCCAUCGACCACCGCGCGUAUGACGGCCACUCCGCCCUGAGCGGCAGCGCCUUGGAGGGCCAUGCCGACGUGGCAGAGCUGUUGAUGAAGCGUGGUUCGGACACGGACGUGAGGGACGCCGAGGGCCGUCCGCUCCUCUACCUCCUGGUGCUGGAGGGUCACAUGGACAUGGCUGCCCUCCUCAUGGAGAAAGGAGGUGUGCCCCUGGAGUCCCGGGACGGGGAAGGACGCACGGCGCUUCACGUGGCCUCCUGGCAGGGCAACGCUGAGGCAGUGGGGCUGCUGCUGAGACGCGGGGCGGACCCCAACGCCCAGGACGCGGAGGGCCGCCCACCGCUGCACUCCGUGGCGUGGAGGGGUCACGUGGAGCCCUGCCGGCUGCUCCUGGGGGCCAGUGGGGUCAACGUGGAUCUGGCCUGCCGCCGGGAAGGGGCCACCGCGCUGAGCAUCGCGGCUCAGGAGGGCCACGCCAACAUCGUGGCCAUGCUGCUGGAGAGAGGGGCCAACCCGGAGCACGUAGAUAAGUACGGCCGCAGCCCUGUGAAGGUGGCGGGGAAGAGGGGCCACUUCACCAUCGUCCGGCUCCUGGAGAGCCACGGGGCCAAGCCGUAUCCAGGGCUCCUGUCCCACACCCACCCACUGUCCCCGCUGGCGUCCACCACCAAGAGCCCGUCCUCGGCUAGCUCGGGGAGUAACGGUGGCCGGGCGGCGCCUGGUCACGGGGCUGCCGCCUCCAGCUCCUCUACCUCCUGCUCCCCGGGCUCCACGGCCGAGCGCCUCCACUCCGCCCAGGGCUCCCAGACAUCCUCCUCCACCGCCUGCUCCCAGGCGACGGUGCUGACGGUGCCCGCGGACAGCCUCAGCUUCACCCAGCAGAUCCAGCAGCACUCGCUGCCCCGCAGCCGCUCCCGCCCCUCCACCCUGCCCCAGCCUGGCUCCGCUCACGGCAGCACCCGCAGGGUUCAGUGCCCCAAGGCCAGCCCUCCUCCGUCCAGCCUCGGCACCGUCGCGGCCGUGUUGCACGACUCUGAGCGGCCCUACACGAGCUACCCAGCAGCGUUUGACUACCCUGCCAAACACACACCCCCCAGCCUUGUCCUGGACGACCGGCCGCAAAAUGGGGGCCGGUGGAACUCUGUCAUGGCCUCCCUGGGGGUCACGCCUGGGCAAGAUUUGGCCAAGACAUGGGACAAUCCUCCAAUGGGGUACCCCUGCCAGCUGCAGAGCCCCGCCCAGAGCGAGCCAUGGGAGGGGCUCUACAAGAUGUCCCUCACCUGUGCCUUACCUGAGGAUUCUGUGGUCGCCAUGACCACCACAGACCCUCUGCUGAAACUGAAACAGGCCAUCAAGCUGCAGUUUGAAGGUCCCAGCAGCGCUGCCUUAUGCAAGAGGGAGACACCCCUGUGAACUCAUAGCUGUGGUGGACGUGAACAUUUAAAGAGUUCAAGGGGCCAUUUUCACUGUAGCUACUGGCUCUGUUGGGGCAGAUGAGAGACUUCUCUCUCCGCCUCAACGGCCCCACGCCCUCGGCUCAGAGGAACAGAGGAGAAAUGGAGAGACUAUAAGACUUCAAAGCUGUUUACAUUCCGGCCUUUUCGGUUGCCUGUUUUCGAGCAGUGGGCAGCUGUGGCUGAACAGUGGACACGUAUGCGCCUUCACACACAUACGCGGACGCUCACAAACACAGAGCGCACACUCAUUAUAGACAAAGCCUUGCCUCUUCUUUUCCUGUUUAGUUGAGUCUAGGUUCAACACUCCAAGGUCAGGACAACACAAGAUUCCACAUGGAACUGUUUGAGAAUAAACAAAUGAUUGGGACCAGCAUGUUGCUGGAAAACGUUGCCCAGUGUUCAGGAUAUCAAAUUGUAACUGGCUGUAGAAAAGAAUCCUUUCAAACGCCCAAUGGAAUAGAGUCGUAAUAAAGCAGUAAUGCUACGUUUUCAUGCGUUAGCCUGCAGAAAUGCAUUCCGAUUGUGUUAAUAUUUCACUAUGACGGCGAUGUUUUUGCGCUGCUCUCAGUCACCCCCUUUAGUAACUGAACACGGAAGUUGGUCCCUAGCUGAAUAGUAACGCAAAAAGUUAUAGUAAUGCAAAAAUAGUUCCUCUUGUCCUAACCUUGUAGGGCUGAGACUGUCCUGCAGGACAGACACCAGUGGGGCGCGGAGGGGAAGCGUGAGAGAGUGUGACAAGGACAUAAAACAGCACACACACACACAGCUUUUCCAUUCAGAGAGCCACUAAUUAGUGUUUCCUCUCUUAGCCCAAAACAAGGAUGUGUGUCACUCUGGUGUCUGAUGCUUGACCAACAGAAAGUACUGUAUUUCAACACGAGAACAGAGCAGGUAUCAUGUGAAGGCGCGCUCUCACGCAGGCGAGACGAAUUGGCCAGGUGAAUGACGAGAACCCACUCGCACAGGAGGAUUUUAUACCACAACGCGGUCUAUAAGUGUCUAUAAGGCCACUUAUCUUUGUCAGGGCUUUGCUCUGUUUUACUCUUUAACCUGGGACACGUCAGGUAUUGUUUAUGAAUGUGUCAACAUUCAAGCCGUGGGGGAUGCUGGCCAAA